AUGUUCGAAGAGCCAAAGGAAAUGAAGGAGGACCAGGCUGUCUCGCAGUGUGAGAGUCAAAGCGCGCGGGACUCUGAUGGCUCCGACUCUGAGAGCGAUCAUGCUGAGGCCUCCACUGAGAACGCCGACGAGAUGCAGGAGAGCUGGGAUGAGACCAAGACGAAGAAAUGCAUCGCUAUCAACCCUCUGAGCAUGUCCGGGUCCAGCGAUUUUCUCAAGGAGCUCUCGGCUACCUCCCUGCACUCGUUGAGCAUGAAGGCAAACCAGGUCUCCUUCGCUCAGCCCUCGUUGGACCUCGGGGCCCGAGCCCCGUACAACUUCGGUGCAGUGAUGCCGCCUGCCGAGCCCUUCGGCGCGGCCUUCAACAGCUCCCUCGCCAACUCUCUCUCCAACUUCCUCUCCAAGUCGGAGUCAGAAUUUCUCUUCGGAUGUGCGGCUUCAGCUAUGAGUACUGACUCGCUCAUGAAAGUUCCUUACUUCCUCGCUCACUCGUUCCGCAGUGGCUCUCUGGCCUCGUUGCCUCUCAGCGUCAAGUAG